AUGCAGUACAACACCUACCUCCCUCCCUCCCUCGCCUCCCCCCAGCCGAGUUCUGCUAGUGGCGGCGGGGGAGGUGGCUAUGUACCCCCUCAUCAACUCCAGAACCCCUCCCCCCAACAUGGCCUUGGCGGCUUUGGUCAGGGCCAGAUGGGAGGUUUUGGCGGUUUGAGCCAGCUCGGUGCAGGGCAAGGGCAGGGACAAGGGCAAGGUCUGAGGACCCUGGGCGUAUCCCCCAAUUCACAAGCUCACAACCAAACGCAAGCUUCCUCCCAAGGCCAGGUCGCUGGGCAGGCAGCGGGGGAUAGUAUCAAAGUCCAACCGCUUUUAUGUUCAGGCCAUACCCGGCCCGUUACGCAUCUGCAAUUCUCCAACCUGUUGGAUGAUGGGACGUAUCUUUUGAUUUCGGCUUGUAAGGAUGGGAACCCGAUGCUCCGGAGCUGGCUUGGAGAUUGGAUUGGUACUUUUCUUGGCCACAAGGGCGCAGUCUGGUCCUCAAAAAUCUCGCUCGACACUUCCAGGGCUGUGACGGGCAGUGCCGACUUUACUGCCAAGAUAUGGGAUACAUACUCUGGUGAAUCCCUGCACACUUUCUCACACAACCAUAUCGUCCGAUCCGUCGCUUUGAACCCUCAACAGACUCCGCAGUAUCUCCUCACCGGCGGGCACGAAAAGAAGAUCCGCCUAUUCGACCUCGGCCGCCCCGACGCCCAGCCCCUCGUCCUAGGAAACAGACCCGACGGUCUCUCCUGCGACGGCACCAUCAAGUCCCUCGUAUGGGACGAGUCUUCCAACGGGACGACCGGCGUCUCUGCCGGCGAAGAUGGGAAGGUGCGGUGGUGGGAUUUGAGGACGCUGAGUGAGGUUGGGAGUCUUGAUCUGGGAGAGGCGGUGGGGAGUAUGGAGAUUGCGCACGGAGGUGGGACGCUGUCAGUUACAGCGGGUAGCUCUGUCCACUUUUUGGAUAUCCUCCGGCAACACCCCCCCGUCACGAUCCCCCUCCCCCACCCCAUAACCUCCGCCUCCCUCCACCCCUUCCUGCGCGACCGCUUCACCGCAGGCUCCUCCUCCGACCCCUGGGUGCGCGUCUACGACCUCGACACGGGGAAGGAGAAGGAGGUGUACAAGGGGCAUCAUGGGCCGGUACUGGGGGUUGCGUAUAGCCCGGAUGGGGAGGUUUAUGCGAGUGGGAGUGAGGAUGGGACGAUUAGGCUGUGGCAGACGAAUCCGGGGAAGAGUUAUGGGCUGUGGCAGACGCAGGAUUAG